CACACUCAAGCAGCUCAAGUUUCGAGUUUUUCACACCCACCUUUGCUUCCCCUUCCCGGCUUGCAUUUGCAACUUAUGAGACGACGGAAGAGAAGGAAUUAUCUGAGGUGACAUGUAUGGGCAGAAGUUCUCGCAACUGAUGGGCUGGAAGGGCCAGAUGUGCAUGCUGGUGGUUAUUUGGUGGGCAGUUUCUGCGGCCAUCACCGUGGUGAUGAAGCAGACAGUUGGAACCCAAGGCCAGUAUCAGUUUCCGUUUGCUUUGACCGCUUUGACCAAUGGAGCCUGCGGCUGCAUUUCGAUGUGCGCCUGCUAUUGCCAGAAAGGCAAAUUCUGGGCCAACCACAGCCUGCGGAGAAUAGAUGUGUGUCAGCUGCUUUUCCUCGGUGUCUUGCAGGGCGUUGAAAUUGGAAUGUCCAACAAGUCGUUGGAGUUCUUAUCGGUUUCAGCCCGUACAAUCCUGAACUCAACGAGCGUGUUCUUUAUGAUGCUUUCUGCGCAGUUUUGGGGCUUGGAGAGGCUGGACCGGCUUCGAAUCCUCAGUGCGGGCCUUCAAGUGACGGGAGGUUUCCUCACUGGUUUGGGGGCUUCGCAGGCAGCGCAUGUCACAGGUUCAGAUGCGACCAAGACGCCACACAAUGCUCACGAUGGAUACAGCGCCCACGCUGGCACUGCGCAAGGUUCCAGGGCUUCCCCUGUGUUUGUCAUUCCUGUCAGCCAUCAGAUUUCUGGAACACUAUUGCAGCUCACGACCCUUUUGAUUGCUUCUCAGCGCUGGGUCAUGUUGCAAUUUAUCAUGCAGAAGUCCAACAUGCUCUUGGGCAAGCUGGAGCUGGCUGCAUGGAUCAUGCCCGUCACUUCGCUGGUUUGCUUCACAAUGGCUGCUGCAUUUGAAACCCAAGCGCUCAACUUUUCCCUCAUUCUGAAUGCCGGCCUUCCCAAAAUCGUGCUGAUUAUCGCAUGCGGAAUAACCGUUCUGACAAUCGCUGAGAUGCGUCUCGUCCAUAUCUCUUCCGCUGUGGCGUUGCAAGUGCUGGGCACCUUGCAUCAGAUUCCGCUUGUGAUCACCGGAGUCAUGUUUUUCCAGGAUUCCGU